UUUCAUAACAAACUAAAAUUUUGCGAGUCCCAUUGGCGCGCUAAACAGAACGCACAACGGAGGAGCCAUGGAGGAUCACCGAAAACAGAACGCAGAACGGCUACGGAAGAAGAGUAAUAAGAUCUCUCUCGAGGACUACCUCGAUUUCUUCUCCUCCGACAAGCAACUAUUCCUCCCCGUCGCUUAUCUCAAUCAGAUCAUUCGCAUGCAUGGCUACAUGAAUAUCAAAGGUCUGAAGAAUGUAGUGAAGGAUGCCGUAGGUACAAUUAAUCUGGUCAAUCUCUCUCGUUCCACACUCAAAGAGAGCAUCUCAUCAUCCGCGUCCAUUACGCUUGAGGACGUAAUCUCGGACCUCAAAAACCUCGAAUGGCAAGAAUGCAGUGUGACAUCUGUUCUGAAUUUCAGUUCCUGGAAGCAGAAUAACUCCGAUACGAGUCCGGACCGCCAGGAGCCGACUAGUGCCUCAAAGAAGUCAGGAAAGAAAUUACGAGUAUUGAGUGAACGUUAUAGUCAAGAAGUCGAGGAAAUUGAUGGAGUUUCCUCGUCCUGUGCCUCGAAGAAGCCGGGAAGUGAAUCUCAGAGUAAGAGAAAGAAAACAGCUGCUUAAAAGUGGUGAGAAAGAUGGUUCACUUCACUUGAUUUGGUUCCUUCUUUUUGUUUUCUGUUUUACUGUAAUGGAGUUAAAUCAAAUAUGAAACUGUUCCUCAGUGAUUUCUUCUUUUUCUGGGCAACAAUGGUCGUUUCUGUUAUUGUUCUACAUUCGCGUCGUUUUGGAGUUUGGACUGGAGUAAUCCUUGACUCUUCUGUUUAAUCCUUCGACGCACAGCAGCAACAGGUGACUUCUGAUCUCUGAAUUGCCUUAAAAUCUUUCUCGUUCCCUUUUGAAGAUAGUCUCAAGAUAGGUAUUAAUAGAUAAACCACUGGAAAAAUCAGCAACACUGCAAUAUUGAUGUACGGAAAUACAGGAUGGGCAGCGUUUGGACUCGAUAAUUAGUUGGA